AUGUCUGAAGAAGACUUGAAGGUUUCAUACGAGAAGCAACUUAGUAGGGUGAAAAAUCUCGACCCAGUCCUUAAUAUUUCUCCAAAUCAAGUUUGGAUCAAUCAGCAGGGUUGGCCGGCUUAUUAUACGGUCAUGGAUACUUUUGCAACAAAUGGUCUUCAAAAUAGGCGCCGAGAUGAGAAUUCUCUUUGUGUCUUUCACUUGCAACAAACACCAAACUCUAUACUGUACGCCGCAAUAAUUACUCUCUUUUUCCAAACGCCUUCUUUGUCCCCCUGUUGGAACGGCAUGGAUGCUAUCAAAAGUGAGGGUGCGCGGUAG